AUGUACACAACUAGUCCUCUCUUCUCAAUAACACUGUGAGUUUCGUGCGUACAAGAAGAGGAAGACGGGGUGUUGCCAUCAUUUAAACUUGCAGAACAUGUUUUGUCAACAAUAAAGGUUCAUUGGACGAGUAUAAAGAGGCUACAGAAUCAUGGAUCUGUCUGCUGAUUCCCCUAAUUUCCUCUUGAACGAUCUGUCACCUCGAAAGAACCCUGUAAAACUGAAUGUUCCUGCAUCGUUUGGCCGGCGUUCUCCUCUCAAACCUUCUGGCAAAUCUUCAUCUUUCAUCAGCAGCUCUCUCAGUUCCAUCCACGGCGGUCGCGUUCUAAAGGAACUCAACUCAUUCCGCAAUCAGGGUCUCCUCUGCGAUGUUUCCAUUGUAGCCAAUGGGACCAAGAUUGACGCUCACCGAACCAUACUUGCAGCAAACAGCAAAUAUUUGAGAGAUCAGCUUCUGAGGAUUGCUUCAAGGGGAAAGUCGCCGGUCAACAAACCAGAGAUUCAGUUAGAUGGGAUAUCUGUCGGAACACUCCGUUCGGUGACAUCAUUCAUGUAUACAUCUGAGCUUGGUGAGGACUGUUCCAUAGAGCACAUCUUAGAUGUCUUCUGCGCUGCAGUUAAACUUAAAAUGCCAGAACUGAAGCAGCACUGUGUAGAACAAACCAGGACCUUGCUCAAACCUGACACAUACCUCCUUGCACUGAGACAGGCAGGGAAGGCUGAUUGUGAGAAAAUCACAACAAGCAUUGAGAAAUAUAUCGCAGAGAAUUUCACGCUACUUGUCAAUAGCAGUGAUGACUUCUUGAACAUCCCGGCUGCUAACAUCAUGGCUAUCAGUCAACUUGAAGAGUUUUUCAAGAAUGGUUCUGCAGCAGAGUUGCUUCAUGCCCUGAUAUCUUGGAUCAAGAGUGACCCUGAGGCUCGAAUACAGCAUACAGAACCUUUACUUGACGCGAUCCGCUUCCAUGAUAUUCUCCCGUCAGCCAUCCGCGCUGAGAUCUCUUCCAUAGAAUCCAACCUGGUUAGACUGGAGGAUGCGCCACUGAAGCAGAAGCUGUUAUCAUGCAUUGCCUCUCAUACUCAAGACUGCAUUCGCCCUUCUCAGAUGACCCAAGCCCCUGGGAAGACAUCAUUCCUGUUGGUUGGUGGAGAUGAUACCACUGGAGCUCCAAUUGACAGAACCUUUACAUUCAAUCCAAUGGUAGGAGACUGGACAGAAGGAACUCAAAUGCCUAUUUGUAGGCUAGAUCAUGCCAGUGCUGUUCUCAAUGGUCUCCUCUAUGUUGCAGGAGGCCAACACUCUGCACACAGCAAGGCAGCAGACAGCAUUGGUACUGUCCAUGCAUACGACACCAAAACUUCAACCUGGACACAGUUAUGCCCCAUGCAGAAGCGCCGCGCUGUCUUCACCAUGAACAGCCUCAACAAUCGACUGUAUGCAGUUGGGGGGAAGAAUGCCCAUGGUUCCCUGGCCAGCGUUGAAUUCUAUGACCCUGCCUCGGAGACGUGGACCUACGUAAGCCACAUGUACACAGGACUGUUCGGGCAUGCCAGUGUGGUCCUGGAUGACAAGAUAUACGUCACAGGUGGAGUCGUUGCCGGGCGUCACUUCACCAACGCCCUCCAGUGCUACCAUCCCAAGUCUGACAAGUGGAUCCACAUGUCUCCCAUGUCAUCAAAAAGAGCGUUCCACAUGAUGUGCACAGUUGGAGGUAGGCUGUAUGUCUUUGGAGGCAACACGAGAAACUCAUCUGCUAAGCGGAUAGACUGUGAGUCUAUGGAGUGUUAUGACCCUGACACAGACAGAUGGGAGACCAUCGAGAACAUGCCACGUCCCGUGUGCUUCGCAGCAGCCGCAGCAUUGGAGGAUAAAAUCUACGUGUUCGGAGGUUACAGCGGUAAGAAGGCCAAACGCUAUGCAGACAUACAAUGCUUUGACAUCCAGAGCAGAACAUGGUCCCUGGUUGGUCAGCUGCCAGACCCUAUCAUGAGGCUUUCAACAAGUGCUUUACAAGCACCAUCUGCUCUGAUAGUUCAUUGACCCUUUCAAGACUUGGAAACAAAACAGUAGAAAUCAAAUGCAACAAUCAGUCUUAACUUAUGUUAAAAGGCAAACAACUGCUGAUCUUCAUACAGGUCAAAUGCCUACCCUUCAGGGAUUUGCUUUUUCACUUACUGUUCUUGAAAUGUAUAGACCUUGUUACUACAUCAUGAAGGCAAAAAUUUUAAGGAAAUGUGUGAAUGGCAAUGUAGACACAUUGGGAGCAUUUCAUUGAGCUACUUUCACUUAAAACUAAAAUCUUUGCAUGUGAUUGGCUGGAAGCUAAUUUGUCAGUAAAAAAUCGGUGACAAGGUGCUUGAUGAAACAAUCCCAAGGAAAGUGAUGACCAAAA